UUUGUCUGUCUGUCUGGCGGUGUUGUGGUGAUGGCGGCUGCUGGAAGUUCAUUUAUCAUCUCUCUGCCAUCGAUCAACAGACCAAGCAAGCAACCAAAAGCAACCUACCUUGUGUGACUGGCUAAGCAGCAACGAAGCGUAGACAACCCCGCGCCCCCUUCACUUGCUCCUACAACUACUACGACUACUGCUCCUACAUACUACGACGACAACCACCACCACCAUGUCCAACCUUCCCGACGACCAGAUUCUCAAGCCAACGAAGACGCUCAAGCUUGAGGAUGGCUUGACCCUGUACACGUUCUACCUCGAGUGCUUGGCCCACGGCUCGUACAUGGUGUGCCACGAAGGCAACUGCUUCAUCGUGGACCCGCGCCGCGACAUCGGCAUCUACUCCAAGUACCUGCAGGACCACAACCUCAAGCUCAAGGGCGUCCUGGAGUCGCACCUGCACGCCGACUUUGUCUCCGGCCACAUGGAGCUGCACAAGCGCUACGGCGCAACCAUCUUCAUCGGCGAGGACGCCGGCGCCCAGUUCCCGCACUACCCCUGCGGGGACGGCGAGAUGUUGCUGCUCUCCAGCAAGUACGCCAUCCGCGCCAUGCCCACCCCCGGCCACACCCCGGGCUGCGUCACCUGGGUUGUUGUUGAGCGUGCCACAGACAAGGCCGUCAUGGCCUUCACCGGCGACACCCUCUUCGUUGGCGGCUGCGGGCGCCCGGACCUCGUCGGCGCCCUCAACCCGGACCUCACCCCAGAGGUGCUCUCCAAGAUGAUGUUCAAGUCCCUGCGCGAGAAGAUCCUCUCCCUGCCGGACGAGUGCCUCGUCUUCCCCGCCCACGGACCCGGCUCGCCCUGCGGCAAGGGCAUCAGCGCAGAUCUCUCCUCCACCAUCGGCAAGGAAAAGGAGACCAACCCUGCCCUGCAGAUUGACGACGAGCAGAAGUUCAUCGAGUUCAACACCGCUGGCCUCGACACCGCGCCGCAGUACUUCCCCAGCGCCGUCAUGGCCAACCUCAAGGGCGCUGACGACCUUGACAGGGAGGUGGAGAAUGUGACAUCACUGUCCAUCUCCGAGUUCAAGGCCGCCAUGGGUGACGACGUCGUCAUCCUCGACACGCGCAACGCCGGGCCUUUUGCCGCCGGCCACAUCAAGGGUGCUCUCAACAUCCCGCUCGGCCUCGGCGGCGGCGUGCACCUGGAGUAUGAGGACGGCAACUUUGCCAUCUGGGUGGGCACGCUCAUCGCGCCCAAGGCAAAGGUGCUCAUCAUUGCCGAGGAAGGCAAGGGCAAGGAGGCCAUUGAGCGACUGGGCCGCAUCGGCUAUGCCCAGCAGAUCAUCGGCAACCUCAAGUCUGGCAUGGAGACCUGGAUUGAGGCCGGCGAGCCCGUGGACAAGUUUGACAAGAUCACAGUGGAGAGCGCCGACACCAUCCGCCAGCUCCAGGCCAAGGGCUAUGUCAUUGUGGACACGCGCACAUCUGGCGAGUACUCGUGCGUCGUUCGCGGCCACGUCAAGGGAUCCAUCAACCUGCCCCUCGCAGAGCUCCCCCAGUCGUGCUCUGCACUGGACCGCGACAAGAAGUAUGUCGUGUACUGCCUUGGCGGAUUCCGCAGCGCCAUUGCCGUGUCGCUGCUGCGCCAAAAGGGCUUUGAUGCCGUCGACUUUGUUGGCGGUUACGACCGCGGCAUCCUGGCAAAGGGGUGCGAGAUGACCACUGCACAGCCCGACGUGUGCGACAAGGCCAAGGCUGCAGCUGAGGAGGCAAGCAAGCCCACCACCGUCUCCAUCUAACACCGCCACUGCUCCCUGAUGAUGAUGAUUGUGGGACGAUAUGAUGUGCGACUGCCGUUGCCGUUGUUGUUGUUGUUGUUGUUAUCGUUGUGGUGGUGAAGGUGGUGGUGUGCUUCUUUGAAAACCCUGGCUAGUUGCUGAUGUACAGAUUUGACCAAUGGGUGUGUGUGUGUGUGUGUGUGUUUGCGUUUCAUUGCUUUGCCCUUCCUCUAUAUUUUCUGGCUGAUACUGAUUCUUAUCUUACAUGAUGCGACACGUCUCACCUCCGGGGACUGUGUGUGUGAGCGUGUGUUCUGGUUCUUUGUGUUCUUUCCUCAUGCGUCAUGUUCAACUUCGCGUAUUUCGCAUCAAUCAAUCAACCAAUCAAAGUAAAGAGCCCAAAGGAAAGAAGGUCAGUAAACGAGGAGCAUGC